AGAGAAGACCCUUUCACGGAAACUCGUAAUCAAUUAUCGCGUUACAUGCUUAAUUAUUGUUGAAUAUUAUUCAUCCAUUAAAUAAAUCUUCUAUUCAUUAUUUAAGUAGUUGUUAAGUUUGUUAAUUCUAAAAUGAGUGUUUUCUAUACAAAAUUAAACUACUAACUCAAAUUGAAUGAUAAAUAUUUUAUCAUAAUUGUCGAACAUAUGUGUCAGGCAAAUUUCGGAUUUAGUUGGACUAAUUCCGAAUGACAAUAAAUCGGACUGUUUCGAACUAAUUCCAAAUUAGUCGGGAAACAGUCCGGAAUUUUUAGCAGGUAUAUCGCUAUGAUUAAAAACUAUUUUCAAGGCCCCAGAUGGUUCUGAUUCAUGUCCAACUAAUUAUAUACUUUGCUGUUCGGGAGUACCACAACCAACAAAUCCAGUAUGUGGAAGAAGAAAAGUAUUAAUAACUAGUAGAGUUCGUAAUGUAGCACCAUACGGAGCUUAUCCAUGGCAGGCCGCAAUGUUUGAACGCCUAACUGAUCAAUACAUCGGUGCAGGAGUUGUAAUUAGUUCAACAUUUAUACUAACAGCAGCACACAAAGUAUUUCGGUUAAAUAAUAACUUCAGAAUUAGACUUGGCCUAUGGACAUUAUCAGUUAACACUUACCCAUACUUUGAGGCUAAUCCCGUGUUCACAAUGCAACAUGGAUAUUUUAAUCGAUUUACUCUUCAAAAUGACAUUGCUAUUAUUCAACUUGAUAGACCAGUUCCAUUUACUAAUUAUGUUAAUAUUAAUACUGCAUGUCUUCCAACCAGUACUCCAGCUGCUGGCACAAGAUGUUGGACGGCUGGAUGGGGAGUAACUUCUUUUAACAGUGAUAACUAUCAAAAUCCACUAAGAGAAGUUGAAGUUCCUAUUAUGGAACUCUCAACAUGUGAAUAUAGACUGAGAGGUACAAGACUUGGAGUUCAUUACACCUUAGAUAGAAGUAGCUUCAUAUGUGCUGGAGGCGAACCUGGAAGAGAUGCUUGUACUGGAGAUGGUGGAGGAGCCCUUGUUUGUCAAAUAGCUGAAGGUCAAUUUCAAGUUGUGGGUUUAACAUCAUGGGGUGUUGGCUGUGGAAAAUUAAAUAUUCCAGGAAUAUAUACUAAUGUAUAUACAUAUCGUACUUGGAUAAGUAAUCAUGUUCCCGACACGGCUAAUUCUGGCUGAAUACAAUGAACCUAAAAUCUUUAUCAUCAAAUUAUUAAAUCUCUAUAUAAUUAUAAUUUGUUUAUAAUUAUGAAACUCGAUGUGAAAACCUAAAGAAAUUAAAUUUCAAAACCAUUUAAUUGAUAUUUCA